AUGGCGCCUAGUAGAUCGGUGAGUAAUCUAGAGGCAGAUGGCCGGGAACGAUCAGACUUCCCGAUCAUCUGCGAAUCAUGCCUCGGUGACAAUCCCUACGUACGCAUGACGCGUGCCGAUUUCGACAAAGAGUGCUACACCUGCAGUCGUCCUUUCACCGUUUUCCGGUGGAAACCAGGCCGCGACUCCCGCUACAAGAAGACGGAGAUUUGCCAGACCUGCAGUAAGUUGCAAAAUGUGUGUCAGGUCUGCGUCUUAGAUCUCCGAACCGGCUUGCCAGUUCAGGUUCGGAACACUGCUCUCGGCGUCAACCCAAACGACGCUGUCCUGCCUAAGAGCGACGUCAACCGGGAGUAUUUCGCUGAGGAACAUGACCGUAGGGUUAGGGCUUCUGGUAUUAUCGAUCCGUACGAACAAGAGUACGGAAAAUCAAGGACAAGUGACACUAUCCUCAAGCUUCAGAGGACGACACCGUAUUACCAAAGGAACCGAGCGCAUGUGUGUAGUUUUUAUACUCGGGGACAGUGCACUAGAGGAGCGGAGUGUCCUUACCGGCAUGAGAUGCCCAUAACUGGGGAGUUGUCAAACCAAAAUAUCAAGGACCGGUUCCAUGGGGUCAACGAUCCGGUGGCAUUGAAGCUGCUUAGAAAGGCCGGAGAGAUGGGGUCUUUGAAGCCUCCGGAGGACGAGAGUAUUAGGACUUUAUAUGUGGGGGGUGUGGUUGACGGGAGAGUUUCGGAGCAGGACUUGAGGGAUUGCUUUUGGGUUCAUGGCGAGAUCGAAUCGAUUAGGGUGGUGGGGCAAAGAGGAUGUGCUUUUGUGACUUAUGUAACGAGAGAAGGUGCGGAGAAGGCUGCGGAGGAACUUUGUAAUAAGCUGGUGGUGAAGGGUUUGAGACUGAAGUUGGCAUGGGGUAGACCUCAGGCGCAGCGAGUGCAGGAUGAGGGAGCUAGUAGGCAGCCGGAUGCGGCAGCGGCUCAUUGUGGGUGGUUGCCUCAAGUAGGCGUUCCCCAACAAGACCAAUCAGCAGUACAGCAAUACUACUACAUGCCUCCUCCACCUUCGCAAGGGGGAACAACAUUUUAUCCAUCAAUGGAUCCUCAAAGAAUGGGCGCCCUUGUUGGCCGGACCUAA